CUGAAGUCCAGCCUCCUGAAAGCGCCGCAACCGGAAAAAAGCUGGAAUACUCACAUAGGAAUGCGGGGAUCCUGGAAAUAAAACUUGGCUGAACCUUUGACUGACUUCUCGGGCAGUUCAACAUGGCUGUCUUCAGACAAGAAGAUGUUGAAGUCUAUUAUGAAAUGGGAGAGGAGUUGGGAAGUGGGCAGUUUGCCAUUGUGCGAAAAUGCAAAGAGAAAAGCACAGGCCAUGAAUACGCCGCCAAGUUCAUCAAGAAGCGUCGUCUGUCCUCCAGUCGGCGGGGAGUGAGUCGUGAAGAGAUUGAACGUGAGGUGAACAUCCUGCGAGAGAUCCAGCACAGUAACAUCAUCACGCUCCACGACAUCUUUGAAAAUAAGACCGACGUGAUCCUGAUCCUGGAGCUCGUCUCUGGAGGGGAGCUCUUUGACUUCUUGGCCGAGAAAGAGUCUCUUACAGAGGAGGAGGCCACGCAGUUCCUUAAGCAGAUCCUGGAUGGUGUGCAUUACCUUCACUCCAAACAAAUUGCACACUUUGACCUGAAGCCAGAAAACAUAAUGCUGCUGGACAAGAAUGUUCCAAACCCCAGAAUCAAGCUGAUUGAUUUUGGGAUUGCACAUCAGAUAAAGGCUGGAAAUGAGUUUAAGAACAUAUUUGGAACCCCAGAGUUUGUUGCUCCAGAAAUAGUGAAUUAUGAGCCUCUUGGUCUAGAAGCAGACAUGUGGAGUAUUGGUGUGAUCACAUAUAUACUGCUAAGUGGAGCCUCUCCAUUCCUUGGUGAGACCAAACAAGAAACGCUGACUAAUAUUUCAGCCGUCAAUUAUGACUUCGAUGAAGAGUAUUUCAGCAAUACAAGUGAGCUUGCCAAAGACUUCAUUCGCCGAUUACUGGUGAAAGAUCCCAAGAAGAGAAUGACAAUUCAGGACAGUUUGGAGCACCCUUGGAUCAAGGUUAUCAAAAGGCGAAACGUGCGGCAGGAGGACAGUGGCCGAAAGCCUGAGCGUCGGCGCCUGAAGACCACCCGUCUCAAGGAGUACACCAUCAAGUCUCACUCGAGCAUGCCGCCCAACAACACCUACAUCAACUUUGAGCGAUUCUCACGGGUGAUGGAGGAGAUCGCGGCGGCAGAGGAAGGACUUCGGGAGCUGGAGCGGAACCAGCGUUCCUGUCGCGAAGACGUGGCGGCCUUGCUCUCCAUCUUCGAAGAGAAAGAGGGCUGGUACAAGGAGGAGAACGAGAGCAUCGAGAACGAACUGGCCCACGUCCGACAGGAGCUUCAGCGCUCUCAGGCCCAGCGUCGGCAGAGCCAGGAAGAGGCCCGUUCCGCCACGCUGUCUGCCAACGCCCUCAAACGCAAGUUUGGCCGUCUGGAAAACCGCUACGACGUCCUGGCCGAGCAGGUGGCAUCCGAGGUGCGCUGGGUGGAGGAGUUGAUAAGGUCCAUCUCCAGUGAGAAAGACACCCAGAGUAUCAGCAUACCUUGAUUCGGUUCAGUUGUUUGACAUUACCAAAUACUAUGUCAAAUAUCAUACAAGACAGCUGAUUAGCCAUGUAUACGGCGUUCCCUAUGGCUAUAACGUUUCACAGUGACUAUGUUAUGUUCUUAUAUGCAUAUCUAUCUUAAUAAGACAACCAGCAAUGCAAAGAAUAUUUAUCACUCGACCAGGGAUUGAAUGUUUAGCUUGCGCAUUGAGUCACAGUCUUAAAGGUCUCUAUGGUGCUUGUGUCAGCAUUUCAGCUGGCUUCAGGAGCACCUUGAGUUCACUGGGGUCUGAUGGUUGAUUGGCUAUCAGACAAUUAACCUUUUUCUACUGCCUUAGCUUUGCUGAAAACAUAUUUAUCAGAAUGGCAAUCAAGUGUAGCAGAAGAUAAUUUACAGGCCAUGUUGAGAUGUCCCCAGAAGCACUUCAUCUUAUAGAAAGCUUGUCCACUAUAUCUAUAUGGAAUUUGAGGUAUGGAUUCAGGGGUAAACCAAUAAUGCAAACUGCUAUGUGCUUGAAAGAUGAAGCACCACUUUGCCUAUGCAAGACUAUAAUUAAUGUUGUAAUGUUAAAGAGAAGGCCAUAAUUUGGCUACUUAUUUACCCACGAUAAACUAAGAUUGUAUGUCCAUGUUACACAAAUCAAAAAUGUCAGCAUGACAGUAAUAUUGUUAGUUAGUAUUAUAUAAAUACAUGAUUUUAGUUUUUUUUACACACCAUCUCACACACUUCUCAGACAUUCCAUUUGAUAGUCUUAUUUUAAUGCAUGGCAUUCCACAUAAAAAAAAAACAAACAAAAAAGCAGAUAGACAGUGCAUACAUUACUUAUGCUUUAGUUGCACUUAGAGAUUUAACGAUUUUCUGACCUGUAUAACAUUCCAUUGUUUUGCCUUAGUCUUAUUUAUGCUGUGUUC